AUUCUCCAUAUACACGAACCCUGUCAUCACCAUUCGGUUGCUUAGAGUCUACCAUUAACCAUUGCUGAUCAUUCUGGUUCUCUUCUCUGUCUUUCCUCUCGAUUGGCAUUCUAUUAUUCUAUUCUAUUAUUAUUUUACAUUUUUUUCUCCCCAGUCAGAUCGCCCCUGCACGUCGGAGGAGGGGGCCUCGAACAGUGAACCACUACUGUACUUCUACUUCCCCUUUCCGGGCGAACGUCAUAUACCAACUGUUAUACAGAAAUCCUUCUCUGUCAACCCUCAUCCACUAGGCGUUCUCAUCCAUUCCCAUGGGUCAAACUAACCUGAGCUUGGACUUGCUCGAUUUUGACUACUUUUUUGACGGCGGACGACGCGGGUGAUCACCACUAGUUCCUCGGACUCUGGCUGAUGCUGGGCCGAUCCCAUCGAGUGGAACUCUUUUUUCUUCAGCCCACCUGCAGCCCGUGGGAAUAGUCGUGGGAUUUGCGCUCCGCGAUUUAUUCGUUUCUCUGCCUGCUGUCAGAAAAAUAAAAACGUCUGCCUCGUUCCGCGGAAGAUCCUUAUAUAGAUCCAUCGGUGACCUCCCCCCGGCUCUGCUGGAUUGUUGCAUCUUGGCUCUGCGAGACUCCCGACUGGAAACAUAUCAACCCUAUUUCUCUUUUUGAUAUAUCUUUGCUAUAUUUCGGCAUCUUGCAACGAUACCCUGGACUCAGGAUAUCCCAGUUAUCAUCCCAGAUUGACCAGUAUCUGAAAAGUGUGCACAGGAACCUACCAUCACCAUCGUGCAUUGUCUAUUUCUUAUACUUCGCUUGCCCACCCUGGAGAUUAUCUUCUCUGUUCUUUUUCUUCGGACAAAACCCAAAUCAACCUUCUUUUCAAAAAAGAACUGAGAUCGUUCGGAUCUCAUCCCAGCAGACAGGCACGAAAGCAAAAAACAAAAGCAAAAAGAAUACAAGAACCCCCUCAACCAACCCGACAUAAGCCCUCCCUCCCAAGUACGUGGCUCGGGGCUGUCAGGCUGCCCAGUCAGGGUUUCACAUUUCAGGGCGAACGAAAGACUCUUCUCUAACCCAACAACCACCCCCUGGCCUUUUUUUCGUCUUCUAUCUUUUUGUCUUCUAUCUGUCCUACUCAUCUAUCAUGGAGACUGCUGAGCCAGUUGCCUAUGAGUUCCCUGGCCAUGGUGUGGGCUCAUACCCCCACCGUCGCGCCAUGGACUCGCAUCUAUACCCUUACUAUUCCCACCCGACUUCGACCCCGUACACGCUGCCUUACCAACCGACUCCCACGACAGCUGCAUAUAGCUUUGGCUCUGCGGCUUUGACUCAACCAUCCCAUCCCUACCAGUACUUCGUGGCUAGUCAACCAGCACUGGGCUCGCCGGUGCGUCUUUCAUCGGAUAACCACCAGCCUCAACAUCACCACCACCAUGCUGCCCACCAUCACCACCAACAGCAACAUCAACAUCAACCACAGCAGCACCAUUCCCAGCACCAGCAGCAGCAUCAACCCCAACCAGCUCCCCUGCAAUCACUCCCCGAAAUCCGACCCGCAAAGAACGCCAUCAACCAAGUCACCACGCGGGCCAUGGACUACGCCCCAGCAAGCAACCAAACCAGCUCACCAGAGGGCGAUGCCUCGAAAAAGACAGGCGCAGAAGCCCAAUUCUCCACCGAAAUCGACGUCCUCAUGAAAGCCAUCCAGGCUAAGCCUGGAUCCUCGACUUCCCCGGUCCCGAUGCAGCAGUCCCUGCCACCAUUGCAGCAGCUCGCACCACCGGGAUAUCCAAGCUAUGCUGGUUAUCCGAUGUCGCCGCCUCGCAGCCUGCUUACGAAUGAGGGGCAAUUGUCCCGGUCUGGCAAGAAGCGCAAGUAUACCUGCAUGUUGCCGAAUUGUGGGAAGAGUUUUGCGCAGAAGACCCAUCUGGAUAUUCAUAAUCGGGCGCAUUCUGGGGAGAAACCUUUUAUCUGCAAGGAGCCUUCAUGCGGACAGCGGUUCUCUCAGUUAGGAAACCUCAAGACCCAUCAACGCCGACACACAGGCGAAAAGCCAUUCAAAUGCGAAGUCUGCCACAAGCGCUUCGCACAGCGGGGCAACGUCCGCGCCCACCAAAUCACCCACAUGCAAGCAAAACCAUUUACCUGUCUGUUGGAUUCCUGUGGAAAGAAGUUUACUCAACUUGGGAACCUCAAGUCCCACCAAAACAAAUUCCACUCCACAACCCUCCGCAAUUUAACUCUCCGCUUCGCCCAAAUGGGCGACGCUGGCCCCAUGUCCCCCGCAGACCGCGAGCUAUGGGAGUACUUUGCCGAGCUCUACAAAAACAGCAACAAGGGGAUUAAAGGUCGGGGUAAAGAUCGGCGGAUCUCGACGACGAGUGCUCAUGCCCAUGGCCACGGUCAUACCCGUGGUGUGGCGGGAAGAAUGUCUUCUAUGGAAUCUGAGGAGGAUAGACGUGGGUACGAAGAUGGCGGGAUGGGGAUGUAUGGCUCUGCGGGUGCGAGUCCGAAUGGGGGGUCGAGUAGUGAGGGGGAGGAGGGGGGUUAUUAUUUGGAGAGGAGGGUAUGA